AUGCCACACAAUAAAACAAAUUCAUUCAACAACACAAAUCCAAACACAUAUAACACAAACAGCUCACAUGCACACCAUAUAUCAACAGAAUUCAAUCCAAAUGCAUCAGCCUUCUAUCCAAACGAUCCACCACCAUCAACAUCAUCAAAUUGCUUUCACUUGAAGGACUUUAAAAAUACACAAAUUCUACUUGCAACAGCAAUCAUAAAAGUCAAAUCAUCUGAUGGAAACUUUAUAAAAUUAAGAGCUUUGAUUGAUCCUGGAUCACAAGCUACGUUUAUAACGGAAUCAGCAUCUCAACUUUUGCGACUCAAAAAAUACAAUACUUCAUUUGAUAUUUCGGUAUUAGGGCAGAACAAAAGCGGUUCUUGUCAAAACUAUAUUGAACUUACCCUAAGUUCAAAUUAUUCAGAUUUCACUAUGUCGACAAAAGGUUAUGUAUAUAAAACAUUAACAGGGCUUUUACCAAGUCAUGAAAUUAUUUCAACAAAAUGGAAACAUAUCCAAGGUUUAAAAUUAGCCGAUCCAACAUUUCAUCGACCAUCAAACAUCGAUAUUUUGUUAGGGAAUGACGUUUAUUGCGAAAUAAUUUUGAAUGAAGUCAUUCGUGAUGAUGAACAAAUAUGUCCAAUCGCUCAAAAAACCGAAUUUGGUUGGAUCAUUUUAGGAAAAGUACCGCUUGAAAAACCCAACUCUAUUCAAGUCUACACACAAAUUGUCGACAUAGACACACAAAUGCGAAAGUUUUGGGAGAUUGAGGAAUCUCCAUACCAAAAAACCGAAACAGAGGAAGAUGAAGCGUGCGAAAAUCACUUUUUAGAACACGUCAAGAGGUUGCCGGGAGGGCGUUUUGAAGUAUCGUUACCUUUCAAGGCAAAUCAACGGCCAGAGCUAAAAUCAACACAACAAACAGCAUUAAGGAUGUAUUACAAGCAAGAAGAAAAGUUACUUAUCAACCCAACAUUACACGAAGAAUAUAAUAAAUGUCUGGCAGAAUAUCUCAAACUUAACCAAAUGGAAGAAGUGGAUAUCACUCAAGACAGCAUCUACAACUCACCUUUUCACAACAUCGUUCCACAUCAUGCCGUCAUAAAAGACUCCAGUACAACCACAAAACUGCGUGUAGUCUUCAAUGCAUCAUUUAAAACUUCGAAUGGAACUUCGUUGAAUGACCAUCUUAUGACUGGACCUAAGACACAAACAGAUAUUAUAGCAAUAGUUUUAAGGUGGAGAACACAUAAAAUUACCUUUACAUCUGAUAUAGAAAAGAUGUAUAGACAAAUCUACAUUCAUCCAGAUGAUGCAUAUUAUCAAAUGCUGUAUUGGCGUGAAGAUACAACAACACCAGUUAAACUCUACAAGGUAAAGGUUUUGAUGUUUGGUACUGCUCCAGCUCCAUAUUUAGCGAACAGAACUCUCAAAAAACUUGCCUCUGACGAAGAAUCAGCAUACCCACUAGCCGCCCAAAUAAUCCGUGAAGACAUGUACAUAGAUGAUUUAGUUUCAGGUGCUGACACAUUAGAGGUAGCCAACGAAAAGUACCAUCAAAUUUCAACAUUAUUAACUUCAGCUGGAUUUCAUCUUCGUAAAUGGAUGAGUAAUGACAGGGAAUUUUUGAAAUCCAUUCCGGAAGAAGACCGAGAAACAAGUGUUUCUUUGACUUUCGGAUCUCUGGAUCACACGAAGACUCUUGGAAUCAGUUGGUUCCCAUCUACUGACUCAUUUUCUUUCCAAAAGAUCGUUCUCGACAAUAUCGUUACAAAACGUUCCAUUCUUUCAACCAUCGCUCGUCUUUUUGAUCCAUUAGGAUGGAUAGCACCUUGUAUUAUCAAGGCUAAGAUCAUCAUGCAGCAAUUAUGGCUGAAGGGCCUCUCAUGGGACGACAAUAUUCCAGUUGAAUUACAACAAGAAUGGCUCUCUUUUCAAGAAGAGUUAGACAUUUUAGAAGACAUACACAUUCCAAGAUGGAUAAACACUCAAACUGACAUCAAACAAAUAGAACUCCACGGAUUCAGUGAUGCAUCAAUUAAAGCGUAUGGAGCCGUCGUCUACCUUAGAGUAUUAGACAACCAGAACCUCAUACACACUCAUUUGCUCAUUUCUAAAACAAAGGUAGCGCCUGUAAACACAAUAUCGUUACCAAGAUUAGAACUUUGCGGAGCUGUUAUGCUGGCAAAACUUCUCGAUUAUACCCGAUCAGUUCUUCCAUUUAAAACCGUCCAAUUAUUUGCAUGGACUGAUUCUACAAUAACAUUGAGCUGGAUAUCUGGAUUACCAUCAAAAUGGAAGACAUUCAUAGCCAAUAGAGUCACCGAAAUUCAACGGUUGACCAAUGUAAGUAUAUGGCGACAUAUUCCCACCAAAUUAAACCCAGCUGAUUUAAUAUCUCGUGGUAUCCUUCCAUCGAAAUUGAAGAUCAAUACACUAUGGUGGAAUGGACCACACUUUUUUCAUGAAAAAUGGGAUUUCUCAGUACCGAAACAACCUGCCCAAUUAGAAACUGAAGAAGAAAAGAAACAAAUCAAGACUCAUGUCACCAUCAAAGAUGCUAAUGGCAUUCUUGAUGUAGUUUGCAAAAAAUCCAAGCUUAUCAAGGUAUUAAGAAUCGUCGCCUUAGUAAACAGAUUUAUCUAUAAUUUAAGAAAGGAUGAUGUUUUAAGAAUGAAAUCAGUUCUUUCACCCAUAGAACUUGACAUUGCAUUGCGUACAACCAUAAGGAGUGUUCAACAAUUCAUGUUUUCCGAUGUCAUAAAAGAACUCGAACUUACUAAGAGAACAAAGCUUAAUAAAUCUCUAAACAUGUUUAUUGAUCGAUCUGGUAUUAUAAGAAUUGGUGGCCGACUACAAAAUGCCAAUCUUACAUAUGAUCAAAAGCAUCCUAUUGCAUUGAAACCAGAUCAUAACUUCUCGAAACUCAUCAUUGAAGAUGCUCAUGAGAAAACCCUACAUGGAGGUAUCCAGCAAACAAUCGCUUUUAUUCGAAAUCAAUUUUGGAUUUUCAAUAUGAAAAGAACAGUGAAGAAGUGGUUGAGUAAAUGCUUCACUUGUUUUAGUAAUCAACCCAAAUCAAUGCAACAACUGAUGGGAAACCUUCCUGCACCCAGAGUAAAUAUGUCACGACCAUUCACUCACACUGGUGUAGACUAUGCCGGCCCUUUGGAAGUUAAAACUUGGAAAGGAAGAAAUUCCAAGAAAUUUAAAGGAUAUUUUGCAAUUUUCAUAUGUCUCUCCACCAAAGCAAUUCAUCUUGAAGCUGUAACAGAUCUCACAACUCAAGCCUUUAUCGCCGCGUUCAGAAGAUUUAUAUCUCGAAGAGGAAUAUGUUCAAAUAUUUAUAGCGACUGCGGUACUAAUUUCAAGGGUGCUAAUACCGAACUUCAAAAGAUGUUAAAUGUAGCCAAACAUGAUUAUAAAGAAAUAGCUGACUCACUAAGUAAAUUGGGUACCAAGUGGAAAUUUAUUCCUCCUGCUUCUCCUCACUUUGGUGGUUUAUGGGAAGCAGGAGUGAAAUCAGUCAAAUACCACUUAAAACGGGUUGCCCGAAACCAAGCCCUAACAUUCGAGGAGCUCAGUACGCUUCUAACACAAAUAGAAGCUUGUCUUAACUCGAGACCCCUUUGUCCCGUUACAGAUAGCUUAGAUGAUUUUAACGCCCUAACACCAGCGCACUUUUUGAUCGGCACAUCAAUGCAUACAGUCCCUGAAGCCAACCUACCAACUGAAAAGAUAGGCUACUUGGACAGAUGGAAACGACUACAAGCAUUACUGCAGUCAUUCUGGAAGGAAUGGAGCGGAGAAUAUUUAACAAGGCUUCAAAAUCGACCGAAAUGGUUGAAAAUCGAAAAACAACCUAAGAUCGGAGAUUUAGUCUUGCUGAGAGAUGAAAGACUUCCACCGUCACAAUGGUCCCUAGCAAGGAUUGUUGAAACCUAUCCAGGACAAGAUGAAUUGAUCCGCGUUGUAAAAGUAAGAACCCAGAACAACGAAUUCAAAAGGCCUAUCACAAAAAUCUGCCCACUCCCAUCGAACAACAUUGAUACAGAAACCACAACAGUGUAA